UGUGGGGUUUUCAGGUGUGGUGCCCAUGGAGAUCGUCGUCGUCUCAUUACGACUUUGACAGUGUGUCAAACACCACCAUCAUCCCCACACCGCCAUAAAAAAAAAAAAAAAAAAAAAAAACACAGAGGAAAAGGCAAAAAGGAGGAGUCUUUGUCUUUCUUAGUUGUCUUUGUGGGGUUUGUUUUGGUCAGGCCAACCACCUCAUCUGGGUGGUUUAGUUUUUUUCUGGGUUUUUGUUGAUCUUGCUCUGGGUGGUGGUUUAGGGCCUCAAAGGGUUUUGGAAAACAAGAAAAAAGAUAGUAACUUUGAGGCAUUGGAUUAUUGGAAUGUGGGGGAGCUCUGGAACUCCUGCUGAUUCUUUCUAUGAGGUCCGCCCUGAGUGUACUGAUGUACCCAAAAGCCGGUUCAAGAUCAAGGCAGGUAAGACUCUAAGUUCAAGGAAAUGGCAGGCCGCAUUUUCUCCAGAAGGUUAUCUGGAUAUAGGCAAGACUUUGAGUCGAAUCCAUCGCGGGGGUAUCCAUCCGUCAAUUAGAGGAGAAGUUUGGGAAUUUCUACUUGGUUGUUAUCACCCGAAUAGCACAUUUGAAGAAAGAGAGCAGCUCCGGCAACGUCGAAGGAUAGACUAUGCUAGGUGGAAGGAAGAUUGCCGCCAAAUGUUUCCUGUUGUUGGAAGUGGUAGGUUCAUCACUGCCCCUGUAAUCACUGAUGAUGGCCAGCCCAUUCAGGAUCCAAUAGUACUUAUGCAAAUAAAUCCAGAUAAGGGACAGGCUUUAUCUUCACAGGAAAAUGGUAAAGCCAAUGGUAAUACCACAAAUCCUGCUAGUGCUUUGGAACCAGUGAAGGAUAAGAAAAUAAUCCAGUGGCUGCGUACCUUGCAUCAAAUAGGGCUUGACGUAAUUCGCACUGACAGGACGCUAGUGUUUUACGAGAAGCAAGAAAACUUAUCAAAACUUUGGGAUAUUCUAGCUGUUUAUGCCUGGAUAGAUACAGAUGUCGGCUACUGUCAAGGAAUGAGUGAUCUUUGCUCCCCCAUGAUUAUCCUUCUUGAUGAUGAAGCAGAUGCAUUUUGGUGUUUUGAACGUUUGAUGCGCAGACUGCGAGGAAAUUUCAGAUGUACCGAUAACUCUGUUGGGGUGGAGGAACAACUAAAUAAUUUGGCUGCAAUCACUCAAGUCAUUGAUCCGAAACUUCAUCAGCACUUAGAGACGCUAGGUGGAGGAGAUUAUUUAUUCGCUUUUCGGAUGCUUAUGGUUUUGUUUCGUCGGGAAUUCUCUUUUUGUGAUUCUUUAUACCUUUGGGAGAUGAUGUGGGCUCUUGAGUAUGACCCUGACUUGUACGGUGUGUAUGAAGAUUCUGAUACUGAUAAUGAAAGGGCUGAGGGAUCUGGAUCUUCUAAAGGGAAAGCAAAGUCAAAACGUCAUUGUGGGAAGUAUGAGAGGGAAAAUAUGAAAGUAAAAGGUUCAGAAGCACCGCUCCCAAUAUCCGUUUUCCUUGUUGCCAGUGUCUUAAAAGAUAAGAGCUCAAAACUACUGACAGAAGCUCGGGGUCUCGAUGAUGUUGUUAAGAUAUUGAAUGACAUAACUGGAAAUUUAGAUGCCAAAAAAGCUUGCAGUGGGGCAAUGAAACUUCACAAGAAAUAUCUAAGAAAGGCUAAGAAAACAUAGCAUCAGCGUCCACAUGAAAUUUUGGCAAUUCAAGAAGGAAUGUUCCUUGCAUUAUUUUAUUUGAUUUGUCAAGAGAUAAUUAUUUUUUCCCAGUCUUGGUUUAGAGUUUACAGAGCUGCAAAGUUGGUCCAACCUCAAAAUAUUCCCACAAAAGCAAGUGUUGUUAAAUUAAUCCCAAUUAUUUGUAUAUCGAUAACAUUCUUUAUAGGCCUAUAGUUUGUACACCAUAAACAGGGCCUAUGUUUUGUAUAAUCUUAUGUUGUAUGUAAUGAUCGUUAUUAUGAGAGGAGAAAAAGAUGAUGCUUAUUCAAUGCUCAAAGAAAAGAAAAUACAAAGCUGAAUGUUUGCAAAGUACUCA